AAAACCCAUCGGUUCUAAUUUCUCACAUAUAUUUUGUUCUUGUGUUCGAUGUUACAUUGUGAGGCUGUCUAAAGUGGUCCAUCUGUAAACAUGGAAAUAUGUGAUACACAUGUUCCAAAUCCACAUGUGCCUUCUUUCAUUAUGAAACAUGUGAACAUUUGUGUGAUACAUGGUUUUCAUGUGUGGUUUUCAAACGUGACAUCACAGGAUUUUUCUAAUCAGAAAUUUGGCAUUUGUUUGUGUAUGUUUCCAAGAUUGUGGUGUAGAGAGCCAAACUGCAGCAGGAGGUGUGGUUUUGUUGUAAGUCUGCCUAUCACAGAUCCACAACUUGAAGGGAGAUCACAUAUUUGCCAUGGCAAAUGCAACAAAUCAAAUCUCAAACAUGACAAAUCUCACAUUUUCUCUGGUAUAUUCCCCACAAUCAUGCACACAUAAUUUGUUAACGUCAAAACUGGUGUCCUGCUGAUAGAUCUUGGAAAGUGUUCUCUGUCUGGCUCUAGAAAUAGAACUAAGGAAUCAUCAAAUUUAUGUUUGGACUUUGAAUAGGACAUUCUAACAAAUAAUUAUGCUUUUUAUGUACAUCCAUCAAUUUAACUCUGACUGGAUAUGUGAAGUUGCUUAUUGAUUUCUUGUCAAUCUAUCUGAAAAAUUACAGCCAUAGUUUAAGCUCUGCUGCUCUCUCUCUUUCUCUCUCGAAACACAAUGAGGAGAGAGAGAGAGAAGCGCUGCUCUGCAUUUUCUAGGAAUAAUAUAUAGACACCGCAUUUUUCUACACCUCUGCACAUUGACUCCACUGGAAUCCACCACAGACACAACUCAGGCUUUGACUGACAGAUGUUUCUCAGCAGUGCCCCAGGACGGUCUCAGCAAAAUGAAUGUGUUUGACCACCGUUGGUAUUUUAGGAGAGAGUUUGGGAGGUUGGAUUAGACGACGCUAGGAAUGAAUGGAUGAGUACAGUUUCUUGGCUGUAUCCGUCGCGUUUCUUUACCCGCUCAAAACGUCUUCUACUUUUGCACGCUUUCUUUCUGUUGUCAUCAUGACGGCCUUCGACUUCACGGAUGUAGAGGCGUUUUUGGACAGCCACCCGGAUCUGUUCGAGGAGUAUCUGGUUCGGAGAGCCAAAUGCGAUCAGGUGAGCAGGUGGCUGAAGGAGCACCAGCCGUCCAAAGUGUCCGCAUCCGAGGAGAGGCGCGCCGCCGCCGUCGCCACGGACCCGCUCUGGCCAAGCAGCGCCGAUGGACUCCGGCGCAGGUCGUCUCACAUGGAGCUGCGGCGAAACUUCGCCCGCUCCAAAGCCACAACCGCGCACCGCACAUACGACGAGCAUGUGAGCCUGAGCGAGUACGAGUCCCAGUCGAGCAUGAGGCGCCGUGCGCUCCUGCGCAAAGCCAGCUCGCUACCUCCGACCACCGCGCACAUCCUGAGCGCACUGCUGGAGUCCAGAGUUAACGUCCCCCAGUACGCGUCCAGCGCCAUCGACUACAAAUACAGACUCAAAGAGACCAACGAGAGGGAGUUCUUCCUGGAGCUGGUGAAGGACAUCUCCAACGAACUGGACCUGACGAACCUGAGCUAUAAAAUCCUGAUCAACGUGUGCAUCUUGGUGGAUGCGGACAGGUGCUCGCUCUUUCUCGUGGAGGGACCCGCUCACAAGAGGACGCUGGUGUCAAAGUUCUUUGACGUGCACUCAGGCACCACGGUUAGACCCUCAUCCAGCACUCUGAACUCCAAUGAAGUGCAAGUGCCGUGGGGAAAAGGAAUAAUUGGCUAUGUGGCAGAGCAUGGAGAGACCGUCAACAUCUCUAAUGCAUACGAGGACCACCGCUUCAGCGACGAGAUUGACAAGUUAACCGGCUACAAGACUCAGACCAUCCUCUGCAUGGCCAUCUGCAACAGUGAUGGAGACGUCAUUGGUGUUGUGCAAGCUAUUAACAAAAAUCCAAUGGGCACCCCUUUUACAGAGGACGAUGAAAAGGUGCUGCAAAUGUAUCUGCCAUUCUGUGGAAUAUCGAUUUCCAAUGCAAAGCUGUUUUCGGAGUCUCGCAAGGAAUAUGAACGGAGCAGGGCCUUGUUGGAGGUGGUCAAUGACCUGUUUGAGGAGCAGACCGACCUGGAGAAGAUUGUCAGGAAGAUCAUGCAGAGAGCGCUGACGUUGCUGCAGUGUGAACGCUGCUCUGUACUUCUCCUAGAGGAUAUCGACUCACCCGUGGUGAAGUUCUCCAAGACAUUUGAACUGAUGUCUCCUUUGUGCAACAUGGACAGAGACAUCAGCAUGGAGAAGUUAUCCUGCUCUGACUGGCUCAUCAACAACAGCAUUGCUGAGCUGGUUGCUUCCACAGGGCUGCCUGUUAACAUCAGCGACGUUUGUCAGGAUCCACGCUUUGAUGCUGAGGCAGAUCAGGCUUCGGGUUUUCACAUCAGGUCUGUGCUAUGCGUCCCGAUCUGGAAUAGAACUCACCAGAUAAUCGGGGUUGCACAAAUCCUGAACCGCCUCGACAGGAAGACAUUUGAUGAUGCAGAUCAGAGACUGUUUGAGGCAUUUGUGAUAUUCUGUGGACUUGGAAUCAACAAUACCAUGAUGUACAAUCAAGUUAAAAAGACAUGGGCCAAGCAGUCUGUAGCACUGGAUAUGUUGUCUUACCAUGCUACCUGCUCCAAAGUAGAAGUUGACAGACUGAAGGCUGCAAAGAUUCCCCUGAGCGGUGAGCUGGGCAUCGAUGAGUUCCACUUCAAUGAUUUUUCGCUGGACAAUGACGCGAUGAUCACUGCGUCACUCAGGAUGUUUCUGGAACUCGGUGUGGUUCAAAAGUUUAAAAUUGACUAUGAAGUUUUGUGUCGCUGGCUGCUCACAGUGAGGAAGAACUAUCGAACUGUGGCUUAUCACAACUGGAGGCAUGCCUUCAAUGUGUCACAGUGCAUGUUUGUCAUGAUCACAACCGCCACUUUCCAGGAUGUGCUGUCAGAUGCGGAGAUUCUGGCCCUGAUGGUCGGCUGCUUGUGCCACGACUUGGACCAUCGAGGCACAAACAAUGCAUUUCAAGCCAAGACCGGUUCUGCUUUGGCCCUGCUCUAUGGGACGUCAGCAACCCUGGAGCAUCAUCACUUCAACCAUGCUGUCAUGAUCCUGCAGAGCGAGGGACACAAUAUCUUUGCCAACCUCAGCUCUAAAGAGUACAGCAACAUGAUGCAACUAUUGAAACAGGCGAUUCUCUCCACAGACCUUACCUUGCACUUUGAGCGCAGAACUAAGUUCUUUGAGCAUGUUUUGUCAGGAGAAUUCAGCUGGGCCGUGGAAGAACACAGAGAAGUCCUCAGAUCCAUGCUGAUGACUGCAUGUGAUUUGGGUGCUGUCACUCGUCCAUGGGAGGUAUCAAAACAGGUUGCCGAGUUGGUAACGAGCGAGUUCUUUGAACAAGGCGACAGGGAGCGGUCGGAGCUGAAGCUAACACCAGCAGCCAUCUUUGACCGUAACCGCAAAGAUGAACUACCUGCCUUACAGCUUGAAUGGAUUGAUGGGAUCUGCAAGCCACUUUAUCAGGCACUGCUGAAGUUGAACAGGAAGUUAAAGCCGAUGGUGGAUGGAAUAAAUGGGAACAGAGAGAAGUGGCAGGAAAUCUGCUUGUCCGAUCAACAGACAAGAAGAGCCUCAGUCUCCAGCCAGAAUACUGACCCGGGUCAGAAUACUGAGUUCAGUGACGACGCAGAAACCAACGAGCUACUAGAGAAAGGAGGGAAAACUGCCCUGAUUAAAAAUACAGAGUUUGGGUCAAAAUCUGAUUGCCGAGAGGUUUUGAGGUGCAGAGCAAACAAAGAGACCUGUCAUGACACAGGAAACAACAAAACACUCCCUGGAAAGAAUCUCUCUAGAUCAUCGCGAGUCCCCAGUCCUUUCUGAUGCUGUCUUCUCUUCUCGUCUCCUCACCCCACAAGUUGACCUUUUGGAUGUUCAUUUGGUCAUAUGGUUUGUAUAUUUAAUCCGCUAAAAGAUGCAGUGAUGACCCAAUUUCAGUUUAUUGGUAAAGGCAACUGGAUGUUUAUUUAAAACACCCUGGGCUUUAAUGAUUUCACCAUGCCAUGCUUGCUAACAAGGUUUCCAGGGAGCUUGGAAGAGGAACAUACCACAUUGUUGUCAAUGCAGUAUGAUCCCACUCUAUGAUUAAUGCAAUGACUCAAAAAGAUUACUUUGAUUUGAUUAUUUUUAUGAAUCUUUACCAGGGUAUGUCAGCAAGUGUGGAGGGCACUGUAAAUCCUGUCAUAAAUGUAGACUGAACCAUGAUCAUGUUCAUUAAUGUCAUAGCUAGGCUUUAUUGCUUUAAUUAAAAAAAAAUCUUUGCCUGCAUGAUCUUACAGUGUUGUUCUUUGACAGCCAGCUGGUUCACAGAGUUGCAUGUGAUCAUUCUUGCCUUUCAGCAUACAUUUUCUGUAUAUCUAUGACUCAAAAUUGCAUUGACUGCUUUUGUUUCACCUUUAAAUUUUCUUCAAAACAUGAAGACAGGAAAAUGUGAUGCUUAAGUAAAAUAAUUCUUCUGUUUUAUUUGUAUGUCGAGUAUAUCUUUGUUUGCAAAUGCCUGCCGGUUAUGUUGUUACUGCAUGUUCGAUGUUGACAAUGGUCAUCUUGAUGCCUUUGAUUGCCACAAGAGAUUUGCUUUGCAUGCAGUUUUAUUCUCUGUUCUUAUGUCUUAUAGUAUUUCUGCUCUGUUGUUGUUGAUGAGAACAGCCUAAAAUGUCUACUUUGAGCUGCAACCUUUACCCAAAUUAUAAACUGGUGAGUUUUCAUACACUGGACUCUAUAUUUAUGGUAACCCCUUUAAAAAAUAGUUUCCUAAACAGGACAAGGAUGUGAUUUAUAUAAGAGAAGAGGACAUCUGAAUGACUGAAAUAUCUUUGAUAUGGAAAAUGAAGGAUUGUUAUCACAUGGGACUAAAAAAGGAAAGCCUAGAUAUGAUAAUUGAUUUUGUUUUUUGUAUAAAACAGGUCUCAGUAGAGUUUAUGUUCAAAACUGUGACAAUUAUGCUGAAAUGAAACUGUCAUUUAAUUCUCAAAAUCUAAAGGUGGGACAGUGCCUUGAAGUGUAAUACCAAUCAUGUCCAGAAGUGGUUGGCGAAUUUAUAUUUUUUUUUAUAAACAAUGUCAUUUGAAAUGUAUUGAGUUAUAUCCAUUAAUGCCAAACUCAAUGCAUUUUUCUUUUAGUUUACUUGUUAUAUUAACCGAGUUCACUCCUUCUUAUGAAUAAGAUAGUGGGCCAAAUGGCUAUUUAAAAAUUAAAGAGACUGCAGCUCUUGAAGUUUGAGUUGGGGUGAUGUCCAGAUUGAUUGUCACCUUAACAUAUGCAUAGUUAAUUUACCUUAAAAGUAAGUCAUGACUGUUGUCAUUAUUCCUGGCAUUUGCAGUGUAUCUUCCACAAACAGCUUUCCUGAGAAUUUGACUUAAUUAGGUUUUAGUUAACUGUACUAUGUUUGUACUGUUAAUAAUUUGGUAUACUGGACUGCUGAUUACUGAGCUGAUGCAUUAUCCAGUAUUUUAUGUAAGUAAAUGCUUAUUUUCUUAAUGUUUCCCGUUGUUAUGCUCUUUAUUUACAAUUUAUGUCACUGAUGAUGCCUUCAAAAGUUCUUUUUCAU